CAGAGGACAACGAACCGCGGCGCUCCAGGGACCAUUGAACACAGCAGCUCUUCCGUUCCGACCAUCAAAUUUCUCGGCAUUCAAUUGCGCACCUGGUCAAGCAUCAUCGGCAUCGCGCCUCCCACCAGCUCCGCAGAAUUUCGCCAUGGACGCCAUACCCAUCACGAAGAAGCUGAUAGCAUUUGGCAGCAAGAAAAUAUACCUUCCCAAAUUCACAGUUGCCCUUGUUCGCACACCAAGCAUCUCUCCCUACCACGCGCGCUUCCUCGUCCCACUCGACUUCUCCAAAUAUGACCUCCGCGACUAUCUCUACCACGCAUACAAUGUAAAAUGCUUCAACAUUCGGUCAUACGUAAAGCAAAUGCCGGUGCGCGACACGCGCGAACAGCCACGGCACUGGUUCCGUCCCGAGUCGAAAAAGUACAUGACGGUCGAGAUGGACGAUCCGUUCGUCUGGCCUGAGCUCCCCGAUCUCGAGCCUUGGGGCCAGAAGGAGAGGAAGCAGGAGGUUCUGGAUGCUGCGAGAGCCAAUGGAGCUUUGGACACCAAUGAUGCAAGAAAUGCUGCGAGAAAGUUGAGUGAUCAGGUCAAGAUGCUGUUACACAAGAGGGAGCCGUUGGCAGAUGAGGCGAUCGAGAAGAAGAAAGCAGAAGGUGUGGAGCUUACUCCAGCGGAGCAGGCAAAGGAAGAGAAGAGGUUGAAUAGAGAACGGGAAUUGGAGAAGAUGUCGAGAUUGAAUCUGUGGGAAGACAAGAGGACGGAUAAGGUGGUGCACAGUGACGAGGCUAGUCGAUUUACGAUCAAGGCAUAAUUAUGAAUGGAGAAUCUUGUAUAUUGGGCUGUAUCAUAUGCAUUGGGAACGGUGUGGAGGAUAUUCGAUAUAAUGUAACAUACGAAUGUUCACUUCAACCACAUGGUAUCUAAAAUGUUGGAUGACUAUUACAAACAGUUCACAAUAUCGGC